AUGGACGUGGAUGACGGAUCGACGGAGGAGGAGCCAUGGCUGUUGCGGUUUGAUGGCGCAUGCAGGCGCAACCCUGGCCCCGGCGGUGCUGGUGCCGCGCUAUUUAGCCCUGACGGCUCCGUAGUGUGGACGUGCUCGCACUACCUCCCGGCCAGCACGGAGACCAACAACACUGCCGAGUACACGGCGCUGCUGGUCGGGGUGCAGAGCGCACGCCACCACGGAGCCAAGCGCCUGCUGAUCGAGGGCGACAGCAACCUCGUUCUGGCCCAGGUGCGAGGCACGUUCGGGUGCAACAACCCAAAGCUGCGCCAGCUGAGAAACCGAGUGCGGUACGAGUUGCGAGCGCUGCGUUGGCACCGCCUCCGUCACAUCGACCGCAAGGCCAACGCGCACGCCGACCGCCUCGCCAACAGGGCCCUGGACCAGCGCCGGACCUCCGUGGAGUGCGGUCCCCAUGAGAGCGGCAUGGACGAGUGCAGCGCACCGUCAUCGAUGCCUGCCUCGAGUCCCGAGCACCAGGCGCCGGACCGAACGCGCAGCGCGGACGAGACUGACCCCGACCCCGACCUCGCCAUACUGGACAUCGAGGCGGAGAUUGCCGCGCGUGACGGAGGUGAGGUCUUCCCCACCCUCCCCAUCGGUCCACCAGCACGGCACCCCCGCCUGCGCCUCCGGCAACUCGGCGACGACGAACACGACGCCGCGGCUGGCGCCCUGCAAACGAUGGCGGAGGCGAUGACCAGCCGCAUCACCGACGCUGACAGCUGGACGUCGUGCGAGGGUUACAUCAGCGCCAUCCCGGACCGCAUCCGAGAGGCACUGGAGCAGUUCACUGUGACGCUCCCCAGCCCGACGACACGGACCAGCCACGCAGCUCGUGACCGC